CUAUACAAUUUGCAAAGGUUAUGUUAAGGUUAUAAACAUGUUUUUCUAUUUUGAAUUAUACUUUCAAAUAAAACUUUGCGUAAAAAGUUAUAUUUUUUAAACCUUUUUCUAAUGCAAAUAUCUUAUGGCUAUAUCAAACAGAGAAUUAAAUAGAAAAAUCCUGGAGGAGUUGGAGCUAAAUAAAAAAUUGCUGAAGCAGGGGGUGGUCUCAUCCUCAAACUCGAAUUUACCCAUAAAUAUCGCAGUAAGUAGAAGAAUAGAAUUGAUGCUGGGUGUUGGUAUGCGAAUCGAUGAACUGCAAUGGGUCACUUAUUGAAUAGGUCUCCACCCGCGAAUGCCAGUUCAGCAUAACAGACUAGUUUGAGUCCAGACUUACAAGCUUUUAACUCCACUCAGCGGAGUGCUUUCAAUCUGGCCAACAGCCAAUCAUUCGGCUAUUACAUUCCACAGGAUUCAUCAUUCGGUAAUGUGAUACUUCCAGUUUUACCAAGAUUUGACAAGAAGCAAUGAAAUUGAAAGAGUUAGAAUCAUAUUUACAAGAGGUUGAGGUGUUUGACAAGCCAAAAAUCCAUUAUGAGCAGUAUACGACGACACCGCAUUUAACAACUAUGGUGCUUCAUGCCAUACACUCACAGUAUGAUGACAUUGAGGAUAAAGUUAUCGCAGAUUUAGGUUGUGGUUGUGGCAUCCUCUCGAUUGGUGCUUCCUUAUUAGGAGCCGGUUGUUGCAUCGGGUUUGAAAUUGAUGACGAUGCAAUUGAAAUUUUUAACCACAAUGUAGAGUAUAUUGAAGUGCCAAAUUGUCACGUGGUGAGAUGUGAUGUUACCACAGGAAUACCAGACAGGUGGAAUGAUUUUUUUGACACUGUAAUAAUGAACCCUCCAUUUGGGACCAGAAAAAAUGGAGUUGACAUAGAAUUUCUUGAAACAGCAAUAAGAAUGGGAAAAGUCGUUUACUCAAUGCAUAAAACAUCUACAAGGGAAUAUAUUAUUAAGAAAUGUAGAACAUGGCAGGUAGAAUGUGAUGUGAUUGCAGAACUGAAAUUCGACCUUCCUCAGACGUACAAAUUCCACAAUAAAAAAUCAGUUGAUGUUCAUGUUGAUGUAAUCAAGUUUACAAGAAAUGCUUAAAUUAAACAUUACAAAAUA